AUGGCCCAGCAACAGCAAGAUCUGGGCUACCUGGACUACGGUACGCCCGCAAAUCGGUCUCCGGGGACACGACAGAACUACGGCGGCUUCGGACCCGGACUGUCGCUCCCCAGGCAAGCUCAGCGCCCAUUUGACACGGUCCUCUCGCCUUCCAUGUACGGCGACCGAUCCGGCGCCGGGUUCCCCCGUGGCAUGGACAUGCCUGGAGGCAUGCCCAGCUACCUGCUGGACGCCAGCCAGCAGCCCUGGAACUUCAACCCUGUCGCCGGCGGCGCCGCCACGGUGAACGGGGCCGUCAACGGGCCCAACAGGCAGCGCAGCGUCAACCGCCGUGCUGCCCUGCCCCAGAACUGGACAGACCAGAGCAUGGGAUUCUCCCCAGCGCUCCAGGGCUUCCCCGGCGGCCUCAAUGGGACCGGCAUGGGCAACGGUGGCAUGCGCGUCGAUCACCCGGGCACCCACGCUUCGCCCAGUGAUCUCCGCCCUUCUCCCUCUGAUGGCGACCAGCUCAUCCCCACGGCCAUCGUGAUUAAGAACAUACCCUUUGCCGUCCGCAAGGAGACGUUGGCGUCCAUCAUGCUGGAGAUGCAGCUGCCCCAGCCCUAUGCCUUCAACUACCACUUUGACAAUGGCGUUUUCCGCGGCCUCGCCUUUGCAAACUUUCAGUCGGCCGAGGACACUAGGAUUGUCAUCGAGGCCAUGAACGGCAUGGACGUCCACGGCAGGAAGCUUCGCGUCGAGUACAAGAAGAUGCUGCCCGAAGCCGAGCGGGAGCGCAUCGAGCGUGAGAAGAGGGAGCGGCGUGGUCAGCUCGAGGAGCAGCACCGCGCACCUCUGCUGCAUCAGCAGAGCUCCAUACAAUCCCUGGGCGCCAUGUCCCAGUCGCAGCAGCAGCAGCAGCAGCAGCAGCAGCAGCAGCCGCCCCAGCAGCAGCAGCCACCGCGAGGAGCCAUACAGCUAGGUAAGUUCGCCGCCACCGUUGGAUGGCCUGCAUGGACUCAUGAGAAGGAAACAGAUGUGGACCUCAACGACCCCCAGACGCUCGACUUCUACACCGAGCUUGCCAUGUUCAAGCGUGACGACAGCCGUGAAGUCCUCGUCUUCCCUCCCGGUAUCGCCCCCGAGCACCGUCGAUCGAUACACAUCCUCGCCCACCACAUGGGCCUGGAGCACCAGUCCAUGGGUGAGGCCGACCACCGCCAGCUCACGGUGCUGAAGCGUCAGCCGUCGCCGACCAUCAACGCCCCCCCGCCUCCCGCCAGCACGCUCGACAUGCACAAGCGGGGCCUCAGCCGUGCCGCCACGUUCGACUUUGCCGCCGACAGGGAUGCGCGUGCCGCCAGCGGCAACUACGCCAGCGUCAUGAGGCAGAACCCCACGCUCGAGAUCCCCGGCAGCCCCGACGGGGCCGGCAGCGUCCCCAACAACCUCCGCGCCGCCAAGAGCUUUGCCGAUCUCAGAUCCUUCACUCCGAGCCCCUCCCAGGCUUCGUCCAGCUACCUGGCGCCGGGGGGCGGCAUGGGCGGCGCUUCGGCUCGCUUCAGCGAGUACAUGACGUCGUCCCACCAGGGCAGCACCGGCACGCCUGGCCCCCGAGACAACGGCAACAGCUUGAUCGGCGGCCUCAACAGCCUGAACCUCGGGUCGUUCGACGCCAACGCGCUGCAGUCGCAGGCACGCAGCACGCCCGGAGCCAUAGGCAGCCAGCGACCCGGAGCCAGCGGUACCAACGCCAAGGGUGCACCCGAGAGGCAGCCCCGCGGCCCCGAGUGGGAGAACACCGGAGGGUUCGGCGGACGCCGAGCCAACGGACACGUGGCUCGUGGAAGUGGUGAGUCUGAUCCCUACACUAUCACGAUGGAAACCCAUCUUCCGGGGUAA